UUUUAUUGUUCUCUUUUAUUUCCGCUAUUUUAUUUUUUUUUUUAUUUUUAUUGUUAUUUUUUUUAUCAAUGGAAGCUCAUGAACAUGUUGUAAAGAAACUAAAUGAAGAAUUUAAAAAAGUGGAUAGAUGCUUUUCAAAUAAUGAAAUGAGGGUUUUUGGCAAAAGUACAAAUUAUUUAUUUGAGAACUUGAAUAGAAUAAGAGAAAAGCAAAUCGAGAUAGCCAAUGAUCAUAUAUUAAUACAUGAUAUACCAAUUGAGACGAAUACAACGACUAAUAAACAACAAACAGACUUUGUAUCUGCUACUACUACUACUUUUACUACAAAUACAACUACUGCUACAUGUAAUAAUAAUAAUAUUACAAAUUUUAAUAAAAUGGAAGAUAUGUUAAAAAAAUUAAUGAUUAAAUUGGAUGAUUUGACAGAAUCCAUGGAUCAAUUCAAGAAAUUAUCUGAAUUAAAGAAUAACGAUCACAUGAUAUUACAUGAAGAAGAUAUACAUAAAUAAACGAAUAAAUAAAUAAAUUAGUGUGAUGAAUGACGAUGAUGAUCCAGGUCUAAUGAAGCAGGGUGUUCAAUAUGAGCUCUUGUAUAUUUAUGGACUGGAUCUAGUUGGCUUGGCGGUAUAGGAUUUGAUAUAAAUGUAUCAUUAGUAUGGGUUCGAGCUGCUUCAAUAUCGUUGAUUGGCUCAGAUGCAUCACCAGGAAAUAAUUCAUCAAUAUCUUUAUAUCUUGGCGGGAAAGGUUUAUGAGAGAUUAUACUGGCUAAAGAUGGAUAAUACUGUC